UGGUUUAAUGGUUCCAUGGACUCGGGUCUGUGCAAUUUGCAGAUUCAUCCACGAGGUGGAGCCAUUUGACCAGGAGAGCCCCUGACCACGGGUGAACUACCCUAAAAGCAACAGGCGGACGUUGUUGCUAGCCUCCUACUCUAAUUGAGAAAGGCCAGAUAUAAUGGUAUUGUUCCCGGUCAGCUGAUCAUGAGGACAUUUGUUAUUGGCUAAUGAGUCUUUUUUUUUAUUCAUUUUUUUUAUCUGUACCUACUAAGCUCAACUGUGGAUGGCAAAAGAAGCCAAGCAAAACUUCUUGUGACCUUCAUUUGUCAUCUUUACCCUGUUCCCUUCACGUGAGUUAGUGAAUUUGUGUGAGCAUUUUUCUUUUUUUUUGUAUAUUUAUUUAUCAGCUAAUUAGAGCUUUGUUUUUAAUUAGACUGCCGAGCUGGGCGUGUCCUGGCUUGACCAAAUUGCUCCGUGAGCUCGCUGUCUUCAUUAUUCAGUGUAAUCUACCUGUAGAUGGUUGCAGCCCGAGGGUAAUGCCGCCGUCUGCCUCUCCUUCACAAACAGCAGCCAGUUUUGCAGCCAUAGCAACGCCACCGGUGCGCCGUUACCCUAAAGUGAUGUGAAUGGAAAGCAGAGGACUGUUGCUGCCUUGAACUCCAUGCUCCGUCCUCCUGCCGCCGCCCAGUCUAGCCAGGUUCAAGGUACGCGGGAGUGUCUCCCGUCUUUGUCUGCCCGGUGAUGGAGGAGGCGGAGGACGGCGAGGAGGAGCCCAGAUUCCAGCAGCCCCGACCACCUCAAGCGGACGGUCUGGCCGGAUGCGAGGAUCAUGGGGGCAGCGGAGGAACCAAGAUGAAGAAUUUUACGCCAGGAGGCGGAGCCCCGUCCAUUGCGCGCAAAAACUCCAACAACAAUGAGCUGUGGCUCUUUCAAGACGAGGACUCCGUGCGUUUCAGUGCCAGUGGCAGCGCCUCCUCCUCUCUGCUGUGCCAGAGGGAUGCUGCUGGCGGCCGAGGCGGCUCAGAGUCAGCGCACAGGUGUAGAGGGGACACGGUCUCAGAGGCAGGCGUGACAGGAGAGGGGGGCUUCGGCAUGAUAUGCAACAAAAACGGAGACUGUAGAAGGGACCCGGCCAGUUCAGGGAGCCUCUCCUCUCUCAUCUCAAGGCAGGAGAAACAGACAGAUGGAGCAGUAGAGGGCGAAGACGGCAAGGGGCAGGCUGCAAGCAUGGACUGCUCUGUGACUUCAGCGGGGUCCCUGACACAGGGGCCCGGGGCCGAGGUCAAGACGUCGGCGGCGGCGGCGGCGGCGGCCACGGAGAAAAAGGACUCCAGAGUUUCUUUCUCCAACGCCCCUAGUAAAGGACAGACCCCGAGUCAGCAGUCAAGGAACUCUGUCACGUUCAGCAAAGCAGAGGACGGCUCCCAGAUAGUUCCGGACGAUGGGGACCGACAGACUUACAUGCAGCGGCAGUUCAGCUCCAUGCUCCAGCCUGGAGUUAACAAAUUCUCCCUGCGCAUGUUUGGCAGCCAGAAGGCGGUGGAGAAGGAGCAGGAGCGCGUAAAGUCAGCGGGUAACUGGAUAAUCCACCCGUACAGCGACUUCAGGUUUUACUGGGACUUCACCAUGCUGAUGUUCAUGGUGGGAAACCUGAUCAUCAUCCCCGUGGGCAUCACCUUCUUCAAGGAGGAGACCACCACGCCCUGGAUCAUCUUCAACGUGGUGUCCGACACGUUCUUCCUCAUGGACCUGGUGCUCAACUUCAGGACGGGCAUCGUGUUCGAGGACAACACCGAGAUCAUCCUCGACCCCAAGAAGAUCAAGAUGAAGUACCUGAAGAGCUGGUUUGUGGUGGACUUCGUCUCCUCCAUACCCGUGGAUUAUAUCUUUCUCAUCGUGGAGAAGGGCAUCGACUCGGAGGUGUACAAAACGGCCCGGGCGCUCCGCAUCGUCCGCUUCACCAAGAUCCUCAGUCUGCUGCGCCUGCUCAGGCUGUCCAGGCUCAUCCGUUACAUCCACCAGUGGGAGGAGAUCUUCCACAUGACCUAUGACCUGGCCAGUGCUGUGAUGCGAAUAUUCAACCUGAUUGGUAUGAUGCUGCUGCUGUGCCACUGGGACGGCUGCCUCCAGUUCCUCGUUCCCAUGCUGCAGGAAUUUCCGUCGGACUGCUGGGUCUCGCUCAACAAGAUGGAGAAUGACUCAUGGAGCGAGCUCUACUCCUUCGCCCUGUUUAAGGCCAUGAGCCACAUGCUGUGCAUUGGAUAUGGCAGACAAGCCCCAGAGAGCAUGUCGGACAUCUGGUUGACCAUGCUCAGCAUGAUCGUAGGAGCCACCUGCUACGCCAUGUUCAUCGGCCACGCAACUGCGCUCAUCCAAUCUCUUGACUCAUCUAGACGUCAGUACCAGGAAAAGUACAAACAAGUGGAGCAGUACAUGUCGUUCCACAAACUACCCGCCGACUUCAGACAGAAAAUCCAUGACUACUACGAGCACAGAUACCAGGGCAAGAUGUUUGAUGAAGAGAGCAUCCUGGAGGAGCUUAAUGAGCCUUUGCGUGAGGAAAUCGUCAACUUCAACUGCCGUAAGCUGGUGGCCUCCAUGCCGCUGUUCGCCAAUGCGGAUCCCAACUUUGUGACGGCCAUGCUGACCAAACUGAGAUUCGAAGUCUUCCAGCCUGGAGACUACAUCAUCAGAGAGGGCACCAUCGGCAAGAAGAUGUACUUCAUCCAGCACGGGGUGGUCAGCGUCCUGACCAAAGGAAGCAUCGGCAUGAAGCUAAUGGACGGCUCCUACUUUGGAGAGAUCUGCCUGUUGACCCGAGGCAGACGGACAGCCAGCGUGAGAGCGGACACCUACUGUCGACUCUACUCUCUCUCUGUGGAUAAUUUCAACGAGGUGCUGGAGGAGUAUCCCAUGAUGAGGAGGGCUUUUGAGACGGUUGCCAUUGACAGAUUGGACAGGAUAGGCAAGAAGAACUCAAUCCUGAUGCACAAAGUUCAGCAUGAUCUCAACUCAGGUGUCUUCAACAACCGUGAGAAUGAGAUGAUCCAGGAGAUUGUUAAAUAUGACCGGGAGAUGGUUCAACAGGUGGCUGUGCCACGGCCGCGGGCCAUGUCCAUGACCCCUCCUUUGCAUAGUGGGAUCUUUACUCCUUCAGGUUCCUCCACCCAGCCCCAGAAUUCAGCAAUUGCCACUCUACAGCAGGCCGUAGCCAUGAACUUUUGUCCCCCCAUGCAAGGGAACUCAGUGGGAGCGGGAAAUCUGCAGUCCCCCAGGAUGGUGAGAAGAUUCCAGGUGAUGCAAAGCGUAUCCAGUCCUGCCUCAGCCUCCCCACUGCAGUCUCAACUCCUCGCUUCUGGUGCCUUUGCUCCGGUCCUGUCCAGCCCUCCCGUCCAGAGCCCACUGACAGCUGGAGGACGAUCAUUCCAGUAUGGAGCCAGUGCCCUGGCUGGUCUCACCUCUGGCUCCCAGCUUUCUCUAGUCCAGCAGCACAUAGCCAGCCCUGCACACCGUCCAAGCACACAUAAGAGCACCCAUUCCUUGCAAAUGGGCAGUCUGAGCCAAGACGCCAGGGCAAUGUCUGCCUCUCAGCCCUCACUGCCUCACGAGGGGGUGCAACUGGGUGCACCUAGCCCACCCCAAUCUACACGAGUCUCCUCCACUUCGAUUGGACCGCCUCAGACCCCAUCUGGUCACACAGGCAUCCGGAGCUCUGUACCACAUAGGGUGGUACUCCCCCACCAAAUGUCUGCGGGGACCUUCCCUGCAGCAUCCCUGCCUGGUUCUGUUGGCUUUGCAGCUGGUGCAGGGCUGACAGGUGGGGGCAUGGGAACAGGUCUUGGGGACUCGGGACUACCUAAGAAGGAUUCCAUAGUGAGCCUUCCUGAGACAGAUCACAUCAAAGUCAGAUCCAGGCUAUCCUCAAAUUUGUGAUCUUAAUUAAACUCUGCUGGAAGAGUGACUCAGUGAGGGGCUUGACUGCCGGAGAGAUUUCUGUUCUCCAUCGUAAACGUUCCUCUUCUCCAGUUAGACUAUACGAAUGUAUGAAUGUUGAGUGAGCAGCAGUGGGAAGAAUCUGAAAGGAGACUAUUCUAACACAAAGCAGUCUGUAUGGUGACUCCUGAAACUGCAGCACUGAGAUGUUUCUACUCACAUAAUAGUUGCUCAGAUUGGUAGUGGUAAAGUAGCAUCUUGUUUCACAACAUAGGCAGCAACAUAUGGGCAUAUUUGCUUCACUGUCCUCUCUUUCAACUUAUUAAAUGCAAACUUUGGGUUGGAUGAGAGAAAUUCAGGGACCUGCUUCAGAUAUCAGAAGUUGGCACUAUCAUCUGGUUUAUCUGCCACAUUUUGUAGUCUGGCUGCAAAAGAUGAUCUCCUCACAAAGGCAUACUAAUUAGGGUUUCUGAGUUUUUGAUCCACAGUCCAAAUUAAAUUACAAUCUUUUGACUGCCCUUACUUGUAAAAUUGAAGCCAUAUUUACCCCAGUCUAUUGAUACAAUGAACGGAUGAAUUAAUUCAACUCAGUUUUUCAGAAUCCAGAUGACCUGUAAGUCUUCCCUGCCUCUGAUAGUUCAUACAAAUAUGUGAUAAAUAAGAUCACAGCCCAUGUAAUAAAUAUGCUUUGUACUGGAAACACAGCUGUGGGACUAAUAUGCCUUGUUCCAUCCAAGCCAUGGAUUUUUACAGGAAUUGUCUGCACACUUAAUUUAAGGCUGCAUCAAUCAAUAUACCUUAUAUUAACAGUAAAACAAAUCAUGAAAUGUAAAGCAUAAUGAAUCUGUACAGAUCUGCUUUUCUAAGGAAUUCUUUUUAGCUUCUUUUAGCUCAAAAAUGUACCACGGAUUAUCAUCAACAACCAGCCGCAAAAGGUGAGGCAGCCAGAAAAAUCCCAUAAUGUUGCUCAUAUCUGCUGCAUGUGCAAACAGGUAUUUUUUGAUAACUCAUCAGUCACAGUAACUUGAUAAGGUAAAAGUUGUAAAAUGUUUUGGAUGGCUCAAGUAGCAAUAAUUGAUCAAUGCAACCUUUCAUGGUUAAUGUACUUUUUGAUAUUUAAAGUUUGAUUUCAGACUUGAUUUUAAACAUAAAAAUAAAUAGAAAAGAGUUUAUUUGAUAUUGAAUUUAAAAAACUAAAUAUUCUAAAGAAUUGAAUUUAACUCUUUUACAGAAAGAAAACUGAACAAGAAAACUAAUAUUUGACUCAAAAGGAAAAAAAAAAAAAAAAGCUUUUCAUGGUCACUAUUCAGAUGUCAUUUUAGACCUUAUAACACAAGGUAUAUCAUCGUCCUCUGAAUAUGGAGAAGGAUUAGACUUUUCCACAAGAAUAUCCAAAAAUGUAAUGCUGAACAUGAACCACAUAGUAAUUCAUGCCUGUGAGAGCAGUGUAUAAGUGUUCCAGAUGUAGGCUACUUCUGGUUUCAUUUAAGAAAAUAAUGAUUCUUUAGUUUUUGACUUUUUGCACUUUGGUUUUUAAAGAAGAAAUACAAAAAGUCUACUCUGCUAUUAACUUACACAAAAUCACAAAAUGGUUUAACUUUUGGAUUUUAAAAUAAAAGCAGAUGUUUUUCCAGGUUUCUUUAUGUUUUGUUAAGCAAACUUGAAAUAUCAAAAAAGAUACAUGACCAAAACAGUAUAGAGUAAAAAAGACUGACUUAAUAAUAAUAAUAAAAAAGCACUCCCUCUUACAAAAGGUUUAGAAUAAGUUAAAAUGAAGUAAUGGGUGUUUGGACUGUAGUCCCAUGAGUAGUAAUAUCUCACACAUCCUUGUGAAAACAUUGUGUUAUAUCGUAGAAAUUGUAAUGCACUGCCAGUUAAUUACAAGAUAUUUUAUACAGUUCAAAAUGUAAAUUCAGACGUCCGUCAUCAAAAUGUAAAUUCAUUCUUUUCUAAACUCGAAACUCACUUUCCUUUAGCAGCGGUUCAGGCGAUGUGUCACUAUGCCAAAGCCAAUUCAUACACAUAAUGAAUCUCAUGUGAAGCUCAAUCCCGCUGUUAACACUACACUUUUGAUCAACAGCCAAGGACAGUGCAGACACUUUGUGUACAUUGCAGUGUGCCUCCGUCAUUUCUUCCUUGAUAAGAGGUCAUCGGACGCCGCUCAUUGGGCUCCAAAAGCAUUAGAAAAGGAGGCUUUUCUCCUGGACCUGACAUUCACCUCUCCUCACUAAUGCCCCAACCAUUACUGGGUAAUGAGAGUGGAAAUUGGAAUCCCCCGGGUGUGUUUGGGACUGUUAUUAUUCUCCUUCAAUUGGAUUUCAUUAUACAGUGCCAAUAAUGAGUUCCUCUCCUAUGACCCUUUUGCAUUUUCAUUUUGUUUAGUUUCAGUUUGUUGCUGCUUUCCACCUUGAGACUUCUGAAUGGGACAAAUUUGAAAGUUUCUAAGUAUUUUUAUACGGUGUUCUUAGGUCUGUUGUGUUUUUGUUUUAUGCCUAAAUUAUGCCCCAUGGAACCUAUUUGGAUGUUGAAAAAUAAUUAAUACAAUCUUGUUAGGCUGAAAUGCGUCCUGGGGGCACUGUCUUAUGACAGGAAAUGUCUUUAGCCACAAAAUUAGUUUAUAGGUGUGUUCGUGCAGUGUAGAGCACACAGUAGAACAUGUGAAAGGUUCAGGGUCAGUAUCUAGAAUUAUAAUUAGACAACAGCAGCUCAAGCAUACUGAUUGAAGACCUACACUACAACGUAAAUAAAACCCAAACAAAAGUCAAACCAAAGUUGAGAACCAUUUCACAGACUGACAGCAUUAACACUGACAAAUCAAACAAUAAUAAGCCCACAUGAUGUUUUUCACACAAAGCAAUAACUGUUCAAAAAUAGUGAGUGGUUACUUUAUGCAGAUGAUGUUCAGUUGUAUCCCUAAGAUGUUAUUGAAUAUUAAAACAUUUCACAUUUUUAGUCUGAUUUCUCAAACCUACUAAUAAUCUGUUUAACAUAUUUAAAUUUAAACAUAGAUAAAAAAAAAAAAAAACUUUUUAAAUAAAUUUGAUUGACCUUAUUUCAACACGUAAGCAACAUGUAACCCAGACUAUUUAUUUAUGUGACUUGGACAUGAAAAAAAGAAAAGAAAAAGACAAUGUCUCUUUCAGUGUCUUUUUAAUCUCUGACAGAAUGCUAUAUAUUAUCUUUUGGUAUGAACUGAUACUUGAACAAUAAAUUAAAAUGAUGACAACAGUUUGCAUCACAGAAGAUGUAUCACUUCUUUUUCUACAGUCGCUCGCAGUACCACCCAGAGUUUGUGUCUAAUCCUGUGCCAGUUACUGUGAGGUCUGCAUGGAUUCUUCUACUACUUCUAUGUUUUAUUUGAUCUGUUAUUUUCAAGCACAGUCCAUUAGUAAAACCAGUUCCUUUUACCAGUGCUGCUUUUAAAUUCAUUUCCCCUUCAAUGCCAU